UAUAAAGUUAUUGAAAAGUUUAGCUUGGUAGAUUUUUCUUACUAAAAGGUAGAUAUGAAUUGAAAAAAAACAAAAAGUGUUGGCGUUACUGCAUGGACCGGCGAUCGUCCAGUUUGUUCCAUAAGAGUAAAUAACAAGUCAUGGUUUUCUCAGCACUAUGUCACCUCUGUACCCGGUCGAUAUUGGACGUCGCGGUUUUACUCCUUGUGCUUGUCCUGCUCCCUGGGAUCCCUCCUCAUGUCACUUACAGGUCAUAUGAAAUUGACGACCCAAGACCUUUAGAAGGACGUUUAGAACCCAAUGACAUCCUUGAUGCGAGUGAGAGAAUCCUAGAUGGCAAGAUUGUUGGGCCUGAGUCUGUCGCCUCCAAGAGUGAUGAUGAGAUCUUUGUGAGUUUGCAUGGUGGGAAGAUCCUGCGAAUCUGGGGCAAGCAGUUUGACCACUUCAAGAUUAUCACCUCCAUUGGCCCUGGCUGUGAUGGACCAUGGCAGGAGAAAAUCUGCGGACGUCCUCUCGGUUUGCGUUUUGCUCCCGAUGGCCGGCUGCUGGUGGCUGAUGCAUACCUGGGACUCUUCUCAGUCGAUGUGGAAACAGGUGAAAAAGAAAGACUUUUUGAUCCCUUGGAAGAAAUUGAUGGUGUGGCUCCAAAGUUGCUGGACGACCUUGACAUUGAUUCCGAGGGCAACAUUUACUGGUCAGAUGCCUCUAUCAGCGCUGACCUUUCUGAUGGCAUAAUAGAGAUGCUGAGUGACCCAAGUGGCAGGCUAAUCAAAUUUGACCCAAAGACAAAGAAGAACACAGUGCUGAUGAAGAACAUCCACUUCGCCAAUGGGGUCCAGCUAUCACCAGAUCAUGACUUCGUUUUGGUGUGCGAAACCUUCCAGAAACGUGUCUGGAGGUACUGGUUACAAGGUCCCAAAGCUGGAGCAUCAGAAAUCUUUGUGGACCGACUGCCUGGAAUGCCUGACAACCUCCGAAAUAGGAAUGAGGGUGGAUAUUACGUAUCCCUUGUGGCAGUCAAGUCCCCAGAGGCCUUUGAUGAGCUGAAGUUCCUUACCAAGCUGCCAUGGUUGAGGAAACUUCUUCUGCGCUUUGUGAACCUUGCCAAGAUGGUGUUUGAUACUGUGUCUAAGAUCUAUCCCAAUAAGUUUACAGAAGAUAUUUCAUUCAAGAUUUUCAACCUGGAGCCAAUUGCUCAACACAUGGCAUCCAACAAGACAAUUGUAGUGGAACUUGAUGCAGAAGGAAACAUCGACGGCUCAAUGCAAGGGAACAGUGGCCGUCUCCGUUUCAUCUCUCAAACAAACAAAAUAGGGGAUAAUAUAUUCUUUGGCUCGCCUUACAACAAGUAUCUUGGCCGGCUGUAUGUUGGGGUCCCGUCCUUGGAGGUGGAAGGGAAGGGUGUCAGGAUGGUGGAAAAAGAUGAGGAGAAGGAACCGGAGGGAAAGAAGGAAGACGAGGCAGAAGAGAAAGAAGGAGAGUCAAAGAUGGAAGAACAGAAGAAAGAAGCUGAUGAGAAUGAAGAGGAAAAGAGUGUCAAGGCAGCGGAAGGGACAAAGUUGGAAUCCAGGGAAGAGACAGUAGCAGAAAGUAUUCCAGAGAAGGAACCAGUGAGGGUUGAAGAAGAGCAACCGACGCCCAAGGAAGCCGAGGUAAGUUCAGCGAAGGAGGCUGAGGAAGCAAAGAAGGAAGAAACUACAGCAGAACCCUCGAUGCAGGAGAAGGAACCAAUAAAGGAGACGGUUUCAGAAAAAGGAAAAGAAAAAGCCGAGCAGGAUUCUGUGAAGAAAGAGGAACUUUAGUGAUUUUUUUUCCUUCUCUUUUUUUUUUAUUUUUUUAUUUUUUUUUAUUUUUUUUUUAUGGUUUUAUACACACACACACACACACACACACACAC